AUGUACAUCCACCGUGCCAAAGCUUGCGCCACUAUUCCAAGAUCUCCAUUGCUCGAGCGGCAGUAUUACAAACCUGUUCCGAAAAAUACAACUAACUGCCGCACUAGAAGCAUACGCCGGCCUGCCCCAUCGACUUGCUUAGGACAGUUUACGCAUUGUGAAGACUUCUUGCAAAAGACAGGGCAUUUCUGGGCCUGGGCGUCACUGGCAGAAACGGAUACUGUCAAAGCAGCAAGGACGGCGAGUACAAAGGAGAAACGCAUGAUUUCUUUACGCUUUGCUUUUAUGGGAUUUUCAGGAGGAUUUAAGAAGAGCCUAUCGACCUUAAUCCCUUUCGAACAGAAGAUAUUUGCAAUGCCAGCAGAUUGCCAAGUAAUAUCUAUUCAGUUUGGUGUCGUACUUCCUGGGCCUUUGAAAGCCUGGGACACAGAAGGUCUAACUGCCAAGGGCUUCCCCAAAUCUGGACAAAAGACAAGCGGUGAGCGGGAAGUGACUCGGAUGUAUGGCGGCGGGCGCAUUGGCGGAAUGAUACAUAGGCGUUACAAACAUACAGCGGGGUUUGAGCCAGACUUUGUCCGUACUUUGGCACGGACGUUGUCCCAGACCGGCCAAAUAUUGGCUUUCUAUCUCGGUGUGAAUUGCGUUCGGGACAGAGAAGAUAUUGGCCACCAAGUUCGAUAGUGCAAUGAAUCUCCGAAGACGAAAAGUACGUCUGGCGAAGGGCCUUGCAUACCUGUAAGCAAGCCUAUUAUCAAUAUAAAAGUCUGUAACAAUAUUGAGUUUGCCUUGACACUCG